AUGCUGAACCAAGACUACUUCAAAAACUUCGAGGAUAAUGAGGACCAUCUGCUGCUCGACAUGGACUCUUUGGUCCAGAGAAAAGACGAGGAUCUCAUGUCCAGGAUCUACGAUCCGUCGAUGAAAAAAUGCUCGCUCGUGUUUUUAGAUGCAGAGUCAGAUAAUAGUAUAGAGAUAUCGACAAAGCGACCACCAGGUAGACCAAGGCUUUUAAAAACAAAAAAGAAUCCCACGAGUCAGGGAAAACUUUGGGAAUUCAUAAGAGAUCUGCUGCGUAAUAGAAAAACCUGUCCGAGUCUAAUAUGUUGGGAGAACUAUUCAGAAGCGAAAUUUCGCUUUGUUCGCAGCGAUGAGGUAGCAAAGCUUUGGGGUUCGCGUAAGGGCAACACGAAAAUGACAUACGAAAAGCUCAGCCGUGCCAUGAGGUAUUAUUACAAGAGAAAAAUUUUCCUUCCAGUCCUUGGACGCCGAUUAGUGUAUCAAUUCGGGCCCAACGCAACGGGAUGGCAGACGGAAGAUCCAAAUUUUCGUAAUCCAUCCUGAACACCACGUUCCGUAUUUUUCUGCGUGUACAUGUGUGCCAAAUCAAAGAUUUAUUGUGCCAGAAUCCAUAUAUACCGGUGUACCGAACAAAGGUGAAUCGAAUAUAGUAUUUCAAACAACAAAACGAUAUUAAUCGUGUGCCUUUCGCGUAACGUGUGCCCGAUGUGUAUUCAAGUGAAUCUUACAUGAAAAGUAUGAACUUUCAAAGAAGACUGAUGAUGAUGUAAUAUUUCGUGUCGAAGCGGUUGUAAUAAAUUAUUAUGGAGAGCUUAUUUGAGUUAAUGUAAUAUAUAUAUUUUUUUUUUUUCCGACGCCAUACAACGUUGUACAUAAUAUUAUGCGCGCCAAGAUAAAGAAGAAAAUUGGUCGAUCAACGAUUCUUUUUCCAUAGAUGGGGAAACGUCGUCGAUAAUCUCUUGUCUACAUUAUUUUGUUCUUUAGUUUAAAAAAAAAUAAAUAAAUAAAGUGGACCAGUGUUUUUAAAAGUA